CAUUCUUUUAUUAUUUUAGUAUCUUUUUGGGAAUUGAAUUUUGUAGUGUGUUUUUUCCUCUGUUUUCACGAAUUUGGAUCACUCGAAGUCGAAGAAGAUCCAAUGGCGUCUCCAUCAUCAGCGAGAAUCUGGUUCCGUAUAGUGAUCCUGAUCGGUUUAAUGGUGGUUCUGUUCUAUGUCGGCCGUCCUCUCUACUGGAAGAUCUCCGCCACUAUCCACGAUAUCCGCCACAACAAGCAAUCAGUCAGAGAAGGUAUAUCGCAGAUCGUACAAGAAGCGCAGAGAUCGGUGGGAUGGUACCACCACGACGAGUCGGAUUCAGGUUUCCGAGAAGGAGGUCACAUCAAGAAAUCAUCUGGAGUUUCUUCUUCUCGGAGGAGGAGGCUUCUCUUCGCCUGAGAGAUCAGUGAUAAACCUUUUCUCCUUUGUACUACUGUGUUUUUUUUAUUUUUUGGUUGAGAGAUGUGAAAAAGCAAAUAGGAUCUGAUGCUAUGAGUUUGUGUUUUGAUGGGCAUUCAGAACAAGUAAUAUGGUAUUAACGGGGUUUUGUUCUUUGCUUGCAGAUUCCAAACUGUCUUCUAGCUAGUUUAUGAGAUUUUUAAUUUGUUUUUUGAGUAAUUUACAUGAUCUGUUUAGUU